AAAAUCUCCGACUUCAAUAAACAGACACUAACGAUAAUUUGUUUUAGUCAUUAAAAAAGGAUGGAGUAUCAUAUUAGUAUUUAAUAAAAAUACUGCAAUAGUCUGUCAUCCAUUAAUCAUGUUUAGAAACAAAUUAUUCAAUAUUUUCAAAGCCACUUGCAUUUUGCAUAGGAAGAAAAUUCUAACUAAAAUACGUAUAUUUUCGCCGGUGACUUUAGGAUUUCUAACAACAGCGUCCUGUGAAGAUUCCCUAAAAGAAUACCAUAUAUCGUGGGACGACGGUAAAUUGGAACACGAGUUUCUAAUCCGCCAGGCCACUACUGUCAAUGUAAAUGCAGCUACUCAACUUCUAACAGUCACACUAAUCGCAAUUCAGGAUACCAGUGAAAGAUUAAGAGAAGCCCUUAGUAAAGAGAUAUGUCUUGUGAAGCAAGCCAUUGAAUGGGGAGAGGAAGGUACACCACCACACCAUUGGGACCAGUUAGUGGCCGUCAGAGGAACUUUAUGUGAUUUGAAACAUAACUUUAGGACACUUUUAAGUUAUAUGGACUAUGCUGAAAAGCUUGCAACAGUUGCUGCUGAAAUAUCAUACUUAUCUGGUAACAUUGCCGCAUCUGAUGCAAUAUGUGAAAGAAUAGAUCAUGCUUGUAGGACCUGUAACACUCAGAAGCAGCUGACACAUGAACUUCAACAAGAGAGUUUAGAGUUACAGCAACAAGCUAUAAUCAGCUCACCACACCUCGAGCAGAAACUGAAAGAAGAAACAGUUAGUGAUGAAAAUGCCAGAAAAGGAAAGAUAAAGAAAUAAUCUUAAAAAAUAGGGAAAUGCUAUAUCUAAUUUAAUAAAAAUUACUUAGAAAAUUUAAAAUGAGAGCUUUUAUUGAAUAGAAUUUAGACAACAUCAUG